GAAAAAAAAUCAGGCACGAGUAAAUUUGGCAUCACUCGUGACGCAGAGCAAGCACUGCCACAAGUGACCAGACUCAAUCCUGCUCACCUUCUCCCCGAGGAUUUGAGGAGCCAGGAUGACGUCGGAGAAGAGCAAGAUCCUGGUGGUCGGCGGCACGGGGUACCUGGGCAGGCACGUCGUCGCGGCGAGCGCGCGGCUGGGCCACCCGACCUUCGCGCUCGUCAGGGACACGGCGGCGUCCGACGCGGCCAGGGCGGCGCUGCUCAAGAGCUUCCAGGACGCCGGCGUGACACUCGUCAAGGGUGACCUCUACGACCGGGCCAGCCUGGUGAGCGCGGUCAAGCUCGCGGACGUGGUCAUCUCCACGGUCGGGGCGCCGCAGAUCGCCGACCAGACCAGGCUCAUCGACGCCAUCAAGGAGGCCGGCAACGUCAAGAGGUUCAUCCCGUCGGAGUUCGGCCUGGACGCCGACCGCUCGGGCGCCGUGGAGCCGGCCAGGUCCACGUUCAUCACCACCAAGGCCGCCGUCCGCCGCGCCGCCGAGGCCGCCGGCGUCCCCUACACGCUCGUGUGGACGGGCUACUUCUUCGGCUACGGGCUGCCCGGCAUCGGGCAGGUCCUGGCGCAGUCGCCCCCCGCCGACACGGCCGUCGUGCUCGGCGGCGGCGACGCCAGGGUGUCGUUCGUGGACGAGGGCGACAUCGGGACGUACACGGUGCUGGCCGCCGACGACCCGCGCGCGGCGAACCGGACGCUGUACGUGAAGCCGCCGGCCAACACGCUGUCGCACAACGAGCUCCUGGCGCUGUGGGAGACCAAGACCGGCAGGGCGUUCGAGCGGGUGCACAUCCCGGAGGACGCCGUGCUUAAGCAGAUCCAAGCGAGUUCUGCAGAAGCUCGGACCCCGCUGGACAGCAUCCUACUGUCGAUCUGGCACGCGGUGCACGUCAGGGGGGAGCACGAGUUCGAGAUCGACCCGUCGUCAGGGGUGGACGCCACCGAGCUGUACCCGGACGUGAAGUACACCACCGUCGACGAGUACCUCAACAGGUUGCUCUGAAUUUAGUGCGUCCGUGGUGGUCGUCACGUAGUCACCGGUGACGCGUCGGACCACCGCGCCGUGCUGCGCGCCCUGACGUUGCGCCGACACGGGCAGCCGGCGACCCUGAAAGCUGUAACAGAUUAUAUCAUCACCACCAAUUCACCAGACUGCACUCACUACCAGUAAUAAAGCGCGCAGGAGCUGACGCACCUGCUGGCAUCGUCCAUGAUGAGUUUUAACGGAGGAGUUUUAACGGAGAUUUCAUAACAUUAAAUACCAUUAACUUUGCUGAUAUGGCAAUGCGAGGAAAUAAUGAAGUUUCGAGGGUGUUUGGUUCA